GGGGGGGAGGUUGGCAGCCAAUAGCAGGCUGCGACGGGAACGAGCCUCCCUAGCGUCACCUGCGAUACUAUGGAGGCUCGUUCCCGUUGCGGCUUGUUAUUGGCUGCUCCCCCCGUCGCCGGAUGUUUUGAUCCAUGCGACAGGGAGAUGCAGCGGCGGCCGUGUGGCCAUCAGAAGCGGCACGGGGAGAGGGAACUCUUUCCUCACCACAGCCCCGAGCUCCACGUCUUCGCCAUGCUGUCUCUAGGCUCUCGCUCUUCGCUGCGUCUGACCGUGAUAUGCAGCGCCCUCGCUCUGCUGCUCUCCUGCCAACGCGCCAACGCCUGGUACAAGCAGUCCACCGGCCCCAGCUACUACUCUGUGGGAAGAGCGUCGGGGCUGCUGUCCGGUAUCCGCAGAUCUCCGGAUAUUCGACGUUCAGAGCCUGAAAACGCGGGGGAGAGCGCCGAGAACAUGGAAGACAACUUCUUGAACAACUUUGGUAGCCAACGGCAAGGAGCGCUUCUCAAAAGUAUGGCUCUGUGUGUAAAAGACGUCUCCCCGAACCUCCACAGCUGCGAGCUGCUCCCCGACACCUCCAGCACCUUCCAGUGCAAAGCUCAGAUUUACCUGUCGCUGGACAGCUCCGACUGUCUCAACCCCUGACCCCACCGCCACCCCAGAGACUGCCACGCGCCAUUCCUAAUUCCUCCGGACCCCUGACCUUUAGAUUAGGGGCCAGACGUUUGUGUAGAUUUGUACUUGAUUCUGUAUCUGCUGCAUUAGAACAUUAUGGUUCGACUAAUAAAUGAAAU